UCUCCACACCACAACUGCCUGCCCCGGGCUACUUAACCUGAGCAGGUCCCCUGGCCCAGGAUCCCCCUACCCUGGGCUGAAGGGUGGAGAACGCCACCGACAGACACAGCAUGCACGAUUGCAGUGCUCUGACCUUCCUGAUCCUGGGGACUCUGGCCCACACAGCGUACCCAGGACCUCUGCGGGGCACGAUUGUUGGGGGGAAAGAGGUGAAACCCCACUCUCGGCCCUAUAUGGCUUCCCUCCAGUUUGGAGGUCAUCACCUAUGUGGGGGUACCCUGAUCCGCCCCCGCUGGGUACUGACUGCUGCCCACUGUGAGCUCAAAGAGAACCUUCCUGCCUACCGGGUGGUCCUGGGGGGUCACUCUCUCCAGCACCCCGAGCCCUCGCAGCAGGUCUUCUCCAUUCAGCAAGCAGUCCCAUACCCGCUCUACAAUGCCCACACCGACGUCAAUGACAUCCAGCUUCUCAAACUGAACAGCAGCGCCCUCCUGAACAACUUCGUGAAGCUGGCUCGGCUGCCUCGCCGGAACAGUGACCUGCCCCCGCGGGCGCGGUGCCGGGUGAUGGGCUGGGGGGACGUCACGGGCCUCCAGGUCCUGCCCCGGGGCCUGAUGGAGACCAAUGGCACAGUGGUGGCCCGCGAGAGCUGCAACAUCACCUGGAAAGGGGCCAUUACCCAGGACAUGAUCUGCGUGACCGGCCCCCACAACAGUGUGGAGGGAGUCUGUGGGGGGGACUCAGGAGGGCCGCUCUUCCACAAGGGGAGGAUCCAAGGCAUCGUGUCCUUUUCAGCCCCACGGUGCGGGGAUCCCCGCUACCCAGACGUCUACGCCCGGGUCUCCACCUUCGUGUCCUGGAUUCAAGACAUCCUGCAGCAUUACUGACCAUUUGGGGUGGGAGAGGCCAGGGGAGGGUCCUGGGGAUAGGGGCAAGUCUCCACACAGAGGCAGUGGGGCAAUGACCAGAAGGAUGGGCAAGAUGACCCCUUCCCAUCAGAGGAUGUAUGGCCUUCAGAGUUCAUUGUCCCCAACCCCUGCCUCAGGAAAAGAUGCCACCUGGUCAGCAUUUACAAUGCCCUAUUUACCAACACUUGGGAGAUGAUUUCUGCGCCGGUUUUGUUGCUUAAUAAAACUUUUCUGAUCUA